CUACUCAAUGUAGUGCACUUAUACAGGGAGUGAUGAGGCAAUGAGGAUAAAGCCAGAGAAGUUUCUCUUUGCUAAUCUGUGAGGGAGUUAUUUUUUUAUUUUUGAUCCAGCAAAGGCGGUAUUUCAUCAAACUGAUUUUUAAAAAAAUAAAUAAAUAAAUAUAAUAAUAAUAAUAAUAAUAAUAAUAAUAAUAAUAAUAAUAAUAAUAAUAAUGUGUAUGUUUAGUGGUUAGGGUUGAUGUUUUCAGAAAUGGCUAGCAAGUUUAGUUAGCCACCUCCACCGAGCCUGCGGUGUACAUGCAUGCAAACAGUCCUGGUUUGUCCCUUACAAAAGAAAUGUGGGGCGAAAUCGAUUCAUGCAUCGAACCUGCCAGUCCUGCACCCUACGAGCCACACAUUGCUGGAACAGAGGAUGAGGAUGAGAUGGACCAGCAUGCCAGUGAGCCCUCAAACCCCACUGCCCACAUUCAGGAUAAAGGUUCUAGCACUCUGGAUGCCAUGAUAUCAGCCAUAGUGGUCAGUGGGAGUCCAGUAAAGAGCCAGCAGCUGGGAGAACCAGACCUUACUGUGGAGGAGAAAAAGCAGUUGUUGAUGGAACAGUAUAAUACCAAGCCGGUAGUCUUUCUUGAGCGUUAUCACACUCAUUUGAAACCGGAGCAUAUGGAGGCCUUCUCACACGUGAGCAGUGACUGUCGAACGCAGUAUUACUGUACAGAAGUUCAGAAACAGGCGUCGAGUUCGGCCAACAAGACGAGGGUGCGCAACCAUCGCUACGCAGCUCUCCGAGCACUUCAGAAGGAGGGCCAGUACUUCAGCGAGGAGCAGAUGCGUUUUCGAGAGCCUCUUCUGUACGAGCAGUACAUUGGUCAGUACCUGAGUGAGGAGGAGAUCCUGAAGCGCUCUGAAGAAUCUAUGCAGAAAGGUCCGACAGGUCUGUCUGAUCUGCUCAUCAACUCUUACCAGGAAAAAGAGCUCCAGAAACGCCUGCAGGAGGAACAGGACCGAGAGAACUGUGCCGAUCAGGAGGAGGAGGACGGUGAAGAGGAGCCUACACAUGCAGACUGGGAACCGACAGCAGAAGAGAAAGCCCUGCUGAGAGAGGAGUUUCUGAGUCAAAUGCACCAACGCUUCUUAGAGGGCAAAGAUAAAGAGUUUAACUACAGGUUAAUUUCACCUCCAUCAUUCUGUCCCUCAGUACACUCAAUAACAGCCACUUGGAUUUCUGCAUUGAUGUCUCGAGGCAGUGAAGUGGAUGAGAACCCAGAUUAUGAUAACCUGGACAUUUUAAGUCGUGAUGCUGAAGAAAAGUACUUUGAUGGAGAGGAAGAUGAAGAGGAGGAGGAGGAGGAUGACGUGAUGUGAUGGUCACGGGGAACCUGGAGCCUAUCCCAGGGAGCAUCGGGCACAAGGAGGGGUACACCCUGGACAGGGUGCCAAUCUAUCACCGGGCACAAUCACAUACACUACGGACACGCCAAUCAGCCUACCAUGCAUGUCUUUGGACUGGAGGAGGAAACCCCCGCAGCACGGGGAGAACAUGCAAACUCCACACAUGAUGAGACUCGAACCCCCGACCCUGGAGGUGUGAGGCGAAGAUGCUAACCACUAAGCCACCGUGCGCCCGGUCUGACUUGAGGAACUGACAGAAACGGCAUGCGAUAAUUCCAUCAACAGUCCGUUUAAAGUUCUUCCAGCCGUGGUUGAGCGUCAGGGUGGACACAUUGGCAUGUAGCAGAUCGUUUCCAGACUUUCAAUAACUUGUACAUUAGCCUAUGUAUCCCGUUUAGAUUUGCUGAAGAAAAAAAAAACAAACAUGACAAUUUGGGAUUGUAGUUCAUUCCUACAUUAAAGAUUUGUUUUAUUUCAUACAGUAACUUUGCUGAUGGUAAUAUUCUAAAAUGUAAAAAAAAUAUAUAUUUUGAAUAAGCAAGUGUUUCAAAACUUGACAGUGUACUUAAAAACUUGUUUU